AUGAGCUUCCAGGACCUGGAGGCGGGCACGCUGCGGCCGCCGGCGCCGGCGCCGCUGCCCCAGGUGGUGGCGCACGGCGUGUUCCAGAUCCACACAAAGGCAGCCGCGCUGCGGCAGCUCGGCGACGCGCUCGGCACGCCCAAGGAAACCCCCGCCCUCCGCGCCAGGCUCCGGGCCACGCAGGCCGAGGCCACGCGGCUGGCCAAGACCACCUCGCAGAACCUCAAGCAAGGCAACGACAACAACAGCAUAGCGCCCGGCUCGAAGCUGGCCAUGGACUUCGAGGCCGCCAUGAGGGAGCUGCUGCAGGUCCAGCAGCGGGUCAGAGCAGCAGAGCGACGAGUGCAGCUUCAGCUUCAGCAGAGGAGAAAGGAGGAGCAAGAGCUGCUGGCAUUCUCCGUGGACGGUGGCAAGGAAUUGGCCGAGGUGGAGGAGGAGAGGGACCAGGGGAUAAGGGAGGUGGACCAGGUGAUCGCCGAGCUCGACGCCAUCUUGGGGGAGCUCGCUCUCGCCGCGCUGGCCGAUGAUGAUGACCAAGGGGGCGGCGGCGGUGCUGUCGGCGAUCACGGCGACAUCGAGAGAACCGCCGAGACGACGAGCAGGGCGGAAGAAGAGGUCUCGUGGGCCGCCGAGGUGGAGAUGGCGGCUCCGGUGUCGCCCGGCAGCUCGUCGUCCACGAAAUGCCUGCUGCUGGCUGCUGUUGGCCUCAUACUGUUCAUCUUCCUAGUGGUGCUUGUGUAG